UCAACAGGUUCAAUACCACCACAACUUGGAAACUUGACACAAUUGAAGAUGUUAUCUGUCUCUCAGAAUUCUUUAUCAGGUUUAAUUCCAUUUACACUUGGUCAACUCAUCAAUUUGCAAUUUCUCUAUCUUGAAUCAAACAAACUUGAAGGUAGGAUUCCGACAGAAUUGGGGAAUUUGAUAAAAUUACAGACAUUACAUCUAUCACGUAAUUUAUUCACAGGUUCAAUUCCUCAUACAUUGGGUCAAUUAGAGAACUUGAUGGAUUUCUUCUUUGAAUCUAACCAAAUUACUGGUCCUAUACCUAUAGAAUUUGGAAAUUUAAAAAGUUUACAAAGAUUACAUCUCUCAAAUAAUUCCCUCAACGGUUCAAUCCCUCCUACUUUAGGUCAAUUGGAGAAUUUGGUACAUCUCUACCUUAAUUAUAAUGAAAUAGAAGGUCAGAUACCUGAAGAAUUAGGAAAUUUGUCCAAGUUGGAAAUUUUGCAACUUUCUCAUAAUAGGAUUUCAGGUUUACUACCUCCAAAACUCUUGCAAAUGGACAAAUUAUACGGUUCAAUACCAUUAGAAACUAUGAAAUGUCCCCAUACUGUUGAUUUAAGCUUCAACUUCUUUAAUGGAAGCAUAACCUCUCGAAUUGGUUGUGUGAGUGACCUCAAUCUUAGUCACAAUUUCCUUGUUGGUGAGAUUUCACCUCUUUUGAAAAUGAGUUUUGUUCUUAGUCGAUUGGAUCUUAGCUAUAAUAAUCUUUCGGGUAAAGUACACAAGGAACUUGCUAGUCUAUCAUAUAUAAACCUUUCAUACAAUUCCUUUGACUUUUCACAAGACCUUGACUCAAAAUUGGAGGUACCAGAUUACUGUUUUUUUCAGGAAGACUCAUUAAUUGAUGAUCACCACAUGCCCAAUUUUACAUACUGCAACUUGCUCAAUGAGACAAAUCCUCAAAGUAGAAAAAAUAAGCCCAUCAUUUUGUUAAUUGUUCUUCCAGUCAUUUUCUUCAGUGUUGUAAUACUCCUUCUAAUAUUAUAUUUCUCAAGAUGUAUUCCUAAGAAAAAAUGUGAAGGAAUAUCAACAAAGAAUGGAGACUUGUUUUCUAUAUGGAACUAUGAUGGUAAAAUUGCAUUUGAGGAUAUCAUUGAAGCAACCGAAGACUUUGACCUUAAGUAUUGCAUUGGGACAGGCGCAUAUGGUUGUGUUUAUAGAGCACAACUACCCAGCGGCAAUAUUGUUGCAUUAAAAAAACUCCAUUGUGUGGAAUCCCAAAAUCCAUCUUUUGACAAAAGUUUCCGUAAUGAGGUGAAGAUGUUAACAAAAAUCCAUCAUAAAAAUAUUGUAAAGCUUCAUGGUUUUUGCCUCCACAAUCGGUGUAAGUUUUUGGUCUAUCAAUACAUGGAAAGAGGUAGUUUAUUUUAUACUUUGAGUAAUGAAGUGGAAGCUAAGGAGUUGAAUUGGAGUAAGAGGGUGAAUGUUAUUAAAGGAAUGGCAGAGGCUUUAUCAUACAUGCAUCAUGAUUGUAGCCCACCAAUUGUUCAUCGAGAUGUAACAAGUAGCAAUGUUCUGUUAAACUCAAAAUUAGAGGCUUAUAUCUCAGACUUUGGCACAGCUAGACUCCUUCAACCUGAUACAUCAAAUCAAACCUUGGUAGUUGGCACUCGUGGCUACAUUGCUCCAGAGCUUGCUUAUACAUUAAGCGUGACAAAAAAAUGCGAUGUUUAUAGUUUUGGAGUGGUGACUUUGGAAACAUUAAUGGGAAAACAUCCUGGAGAUCUAAUCUUGUCAUUAUCAAACCCAAGAACUGAAAAUAUGUUCGUGAAAGAUCUUUUGGAUUCACGUCUUCCUCUGCCUCUCUGGAGAGAAGCUCAAGAUAUCAUUCUCGUGAUAACACUAGCAUUAUCAUGUUUGUGCUCCAAACCAAACUUAAGACCAUCAAUGCAACAAGUGGCUGAGAAACUCUCAAGUUUCAAACUAGUAUUAUCUUUGCCUUUUCAUGAAAUUUUGAUUCGUGAAUUAAUGAGUCAAGACAUAUUUCAUCUUUCUUUGAAUUGUCAAGGAUGA